GUCGUCGUUAGUCACCGUACAGUGUACGCCGUUAUAAUAUUUACUACAUUUAAUAAUAACUGUGUGGAGUCUAUACGUUAUAGAAACUAUUAAUAGUUUAAGUCUCCCCAAAAAUAUAUUUUACUCGCGAACCGGUACCGUCUUAUAGCUGCGAAGCCGCUACGAUGAUUCAUCUGCUGCUGCACCCCUUGUGCGUUUCGCUCGCUCUCCAGUUUUUAUCCAACCCAUUGACUACCGCUGAGCCUACUAACGACACUACUAUCGACGCCACCGAAGUUAAAUAUUAUUUUUAUGACCACAACUACCAAUUGAUGGAGGAAAAUAACUUGACGAUUUCAGGCAACAAAUCGUUGAUUGUAUUUGUGCAUGGAUUUAGAUCAAGUCCCCGGACUGGUGUUGUAGCAGAUUUAGGAAAAUCUCUGAUGCAGUGGACGGACUCCAAUGUGGUUUUAGUCGAUUGGUCAAAGUGGACCCAGAAAUUGGAUUACACGGAUGCGGUACUUAAAUUACCGGCAGUUGCUACCUAUCUGUUCGACUGGUUGAACAGUUUGCGUGACCGCGGUAUCGUACAGAGCCUUGAUGAUGUCACAUUGAUCGGCCAUAGUUUGGGGGCUCAGUUGAUUGGUUACACGGGCCACAGGUUGAACGGGACAAUCAAGAGAGUUAUAGCUCUUGAACCGGCACAGCCUAGUUUUAAAGACAGUCAAAAAAUCGAAAGAGUCGACGUAGACAGCGGUCAGUUCGUGAUGGCGUUGCAUACGUCGACCAUGUUCUUCGGCUUGAGAGAACCAGUGGGCCAUGUGGAUUUUUACUUCAACGGUGGCCAAAUUCAGCCGUCAUGCAACUUUGAUACAAUUUGCGGUCAUAUAGUAGUUCUAAACUAUUUGUCGGAUUCAUUGAAAAAUGCAACUGAAUUUAAAGCAUACCGUUGUCAUGCGUUAAACUUUUGCGAGAAAAACGUCGUUGAUGUUACAGAACCAGCUAUUAACAUGAACAUAAACAUACCGAAUUCAACCAGAGGAUUGUAUUCCAUAACAACAUUAAAAAAGGACUUAAAAAUAUACUCACGUUUCUUCUCACAUUAAAGUGUGAAGAUUUGGAGAAACAUUCAAUUUAUCAAGCAAGGUAAAAAAUGUACCUAACAGGUUUUUACAUUAACGCACAUGCUACUUAAAUGUAUAAUGAAUGCGAUGUUUUAUUUAGCACUUUAUGAUUAUAAAUUAUACUAUCUAUACUAUAUUAUAUGUAACACAAAAAAUUGAAUUAGAAUAUUGUAUAA